UGACACAUGCGGAGGGAGGGCGAGAGGGAGCUCGCCGGCCGGGCAGACAGAGGUACCCGCCGCUCCUCCUCACAGCUGUGUGUGUGGCGCGAGGGCUUCCGCCAUCUGUCGCCAGCCGUGUAAUGAGCUGGCUCGAGCCCAGGCGCUGGGAAGUCCGGGUGGGUGAGGCUCGGUGACGCCGCGUCCCGAUUCUCGGCAGCCGGGCGGAGCGCUGGCGAAGCUUCACCGACGUGGGGUGGAAAUGCCUCAGUUCAGUUUGAAGAAGGCGGGGAGCCAAAAGGGUUGAAAGGAGCGCCGGCCGCGCUUCCCGAAUCCGCGCCCCGCGGCCAUGGGCAGCCGCGACCACCUGUUCAAAGUGCUGGUGGUGGGGGACGCCGCCGUGGGCAAGACGUCGCUGGUGCAGCGGUACUCCCAGGACAGCUUCAGCAAACACUACAAGUCCACGGUGGGAGUGGAUUUUGCUCUGAAGGUUCUCCAGUGGUCUGACUCCGAAAUGGUGCGCCUCCAGCUGUGGGAUAUUGCAGGCCAGGAGCGCUUCACCUCUAUGACACGACUGUACUACCGAGAUGCCUCUGCCUGUGUCAUCAUGUUUGAUGUUACCAGUGCCACUACCUUCAGCAACAGCCAGAGAUGGAAACAGGAUCUGGACAGCAAACUCACACUGCCCAAUGGAGAGCCCGUGCCCUGCCUGCUCUUGGCCAAUAAGUGUGAUUUGUCCCCUUGGGCAGUGAGCCGGGACCAGAUCGACCGGUUCAGUAAAGAGAAUGGUUUCACAGGCUGGACAGAAACAUCAGUCAAGGAGAACAAAAAUAUCAAUGAAGCAAUGAGAGUCCUUGUCGAAAAGAUGAUGAGCAAUUCCAGAGAAGAUGCCAUGUCUUUGUCCACCCAAGGGGACUACAUCGAUCUACAAGCCAAGUCCUCCAGCUGGAACUGCUGCUAGUAGCAUUUCGUUUGUUUUCUGUCUCAGUUGAGGAGGCCUUUCCAUCUCUCACCCAGCAGUUUUGCUAAGAAACUUUGAACUGUUUCCUGCCUGCUGUUUCCAGUCUGGUGAGGACGUCAACUGUGACUUAAAUGCCUGAGAGACCCUUGGGCACUUCUGGUCUCCUGCCUGUUGGCACUCAUGUGGCCCAGUUGUUGCCUUCUGUAUAAGAAAGAUCAUCUCAUCCUUCAA